AUGUUCAUCGCUCUUUGCAGGUCGGAUGCAGUGCAGACCAAGGUCAUGAAGAGUAAGUACUCCUCGGCGGCUGGCACAGCCUAUGUGACCUAUGAGAACUGCAUCGUGCCCAAGAAGAAUCUCAUUGGUACCGAGAACAAGGGCUUCCAGAUCAUCAUGUCCAAUUUCAACCACGAGCGCUGGAUGAUCACCGUGGUUUGCAUUGCGCGAGCGCGCAUUUGCACUGAGGAGGGAGCGGAGACCUCGUCUGGUUCGAUAUGGAUCGAGAAAGAGACCUUCAAGUGGUCCAUGCAGCGUAAGGUCUUCGGGAAGCCCUUGGUUGAGCAGCCGGUGAUCCGAGAGAAGUUGGCGCAGAUGUUCGCGGGCGUCGAGACCUGCACCCAGAUGCUCUACGACAUCACCUACAACAUGAUUGGUAUGGGCUCAGGCGGUGCAGAGGUCGGUGCUCGCAUUGCCCUUCUGAAGUAUCAGACCACCCGCAUGAACCACAUGGUGGCGGACAACGCUGUUCAGGUGCUGGGCGGCCGAGGCGUCACGCAGACUGGGAUGGGACGUGUGGUGGAGGUCUUCUCUCGCAUGUACAAGAUCCCCGCAGUCUAUGGAGGAAGUGAGGAGAUCAUGGCUGACUUGGCGGUACGCACGGCCAUCAAGGGAUACCCCAAGCAAGCCAGGCUGUGA